AAGUGCUUGCCAACCUGCUCCUCUGUUGUGUCCAAACCGAGGGAAUACAGCUACUGAUGGACAAAGACCGCUCUUAAAUACGAACCACAUUGAAGUAUAGUCUGUCCAAAGUUGUGGAGCUCUGCAAAUGCCUUAAAAAUGGCAAAGGUUAUUUCGGCAGAAGCUUUAUUGUUAUUCCUCUGGGGCGUUUAUAUGCAAUUCAGUUUCAUGUCAGUUCUCGGGGUCAAUGAACUGCUGUAUUUUCGGAUCAUCAGCCCAGAGGAGAUAGGCUACAUCUUCAGUGCCGCACCUGCCAAAGACUUCGGAGGAGCUUUUACAUCAUCAUAUGAUAAGAUUUUUCUUGUGCCUUCAGACCCAGCAGAUGGCUGCUCAGACCUGGAGGACAAAGACAUUAUCCAGGGUCAAGUAAUCCUGGUGGAAAGAGGAGGUUGCUCCUUUGUACAGAAGGCCAGAAAUGUGGAGGAAGCAGGAGGCAAAGCUGUCCUGAUUGCUGAUAACGCAGUGGACAAUGACAGUAAUUACCUUGAUAUGGUCACUGAUGGAAGCACUACCAAACCAAGCAUACCUGCUCUAUUUCUACUGGGGCGUGAUGGGAUGAUGAUCAGGCGAACUCUUCAGAGGCGAGCACUGCCAUGGGCUGUCAUUUCCAUACCUGUCAAUGUCUCUUCUUUGGCUUCGUUCCCACUGAAGCAGCCCCCAUGGACACUGUGGUAGAAAUAAUACACAACUUGAUCCACUUCCCUGCUGAGUGACCUUUGCUUUAUCAGUGCAUAUCUCAUCAGUUUUGAAUAAACUCACAGGGGAAUUCCACAGCGGUGGUUAAAAACAUUUACAUGCACCGAGGGUGAACCAGUGACAUUAAUUCAAGGGCACGUGAUUAUGUCAGCAUUAAACACACAACCACACAAAUGGAGCAGAACGUAUUGGCAUAUCCAAACAGGCUUAACUCAGCCGUUUAUCAAGGUAAAGACACACAGAGCAAGAAACACAUGUGCUCCCUUCUGUGUGUUGUGCUUGUGCUGUGUCACGGCUUUUGCAUACUUGUGAAUAAUUGUUCCAUAGUUAGUGAGGAGAUGUGGAAAAGUUGAAUCAGACAAUACCGGACAUAAAGCCUCUUCUACAGUCAACUAGUGCAAGCUGAUGUUUGGGCCACUGUAGAAAUAAAAGGGAAAAAGACUAUCAAAGCUUUCACUAUACAAACACCGCUACAUAACACCAGGAAUGUCAUCUCAUUGUAAAAUGUGAAAAAGUCUUGCUCAUUUGCAUGAACUUUAAUGUUGUAGCUUUUGAGUUAGAAUCAAACUGUUUCAUAGUGGUUAAUAAAUAAUUCAUUUUUUGUGCAAUUAAUUAAACAACUUUGUUAAAUAAACAUCGGUACAACUUUUAA